AUGCAGAAGUGUCCAGACCUUGCACGUGCUUUCGGCUUACCAUGGGGACUACCGCUGAAGGUUUUGCAGCAGACUUCAGCCCUUGAACAGCGGUCAGGGUCGGAAUGUCGGCAUCACACAGGGCCCUCAUCUGCACCAAGCCUGGGGUCGAAUGAUUGUGGCCACAGGCUCGAAAGGCUCGGAUUUCCUUCGGAAACGACGAUAAACGCGGUGGCAUGGCCUGCCUCCAUGCUGAAGCUAUGGUUUGGGAAUCUAUUCGACAAGUCCAUCAUCGGAGUCAGGUGGCCGGCCUCCCUGCAGCAGCUAUCGUUUGGUCCUGACUUCAAUAAUCCAUCAUCGGAGUCGUGUGGCCGGCGUCCCUGCAGCAGCUAUCAUUUGGUUUUGAAUUCAACCAACCCAUCGUUGGAGCGGUGCGGCCGGCGUCCCUGCAACAGCUGUCGUUUGGGUGUGAAAUCCAACCAGCCAAUCGCUGAAGUCGUGUGGUCGGCCUCCCUGAAGCACCUAGCGUUUGGUACUUGGUUCAACCAGCCCAUCGCGCACGUCAUGUGGCCGGCCUCCUUGCAGCAGCUAUCUCUUGGUGAAACAUUCGACCAGUCCAUCCUCAGGGUUAUGUGGCCGGCCUCCCUACACCAUCUCUCGUUUGGGUUUCUAUUCAACCAGCCAAUCGCUCAAGUCGUGUGGCAGGUCUCCCUGCAGCAGCUAGGGUUGGUUAUGCCUUCAAUCAGUCUAUCGCGGCAAUGGUGUGGCCUCCCUCCCUGUAGCAGUUAUCAUGGACGUCAGUUCAACCAGCCUAUCGUCGGAACCAUGUGGCCGGCCUCCCUGCAGCAGCUAUCAUUUGGUUCGGAAUUCAACGAACCCGUUGUCGAAGUUAUGUGGCCGGCCUCCGUACAAAGUGUGACUCGCGACGGGACUAGUCUGCUACCGUGCCGGCGAACUCGUCCUGCCUUCGGCCAGGCCGCAAACACUCUAGAAUUUGCCCCUGGAGGGAAGCCACAUCGGGAUGAGCCUGCCGGAGAUGAGAUGCCCACUGCUGUGAGCGGAGAACAGAUCCGCUCGCCGGUGGAGGAGGGCCACGAUGCAGAGCUUGCAAGUUUGCAACGGCAGAUUUCGCAACUGGCGGCCCUGGUGGAGGAGUCGGUGAAGAAGGAGCCUGGCAGUAUCGUGGCGGNCGACGCGGAGCUUGCAAGUUUGCAACGGCAGAUUUCGCAACUGGCGGCCCUGGUGGAGGAGUCGGUGAAGAAGGAGCCUGGCAGUAUCGUGGCGGAUGCAGCCAGUAGUGGCGGCCGGGUUGCCGCCAAGGCAGGCCAACAAGAGCCCACGCUGCCGCACGGCGGUGGCGGGGGAUUUCUCCAGCAGCAAGCGAGAGAUGGUGGGCAAGGACCACGGAAGCUGCUAGAAAGCGGCUGGGCCAGCAGAUCGGGAGCGAAUCCUGCGAGACCAGCCGGAGUGGGCCCGGGCAUAGGGCCGGACUGCGGAGAAGCAAGGGGGUUAAACCCCCCAGGGGGCACACGAGAGCCGAAGUUCAANCCCCAACAAGACGUCGACCCGAGCAGCUAA